GAGAAGAGAAGAGAAGAGAAGAGAGAGGACACAGUGACUGAUUCUCUGUGAUCAGCGUCAUGGACUCGAUGUCGGUUUUUAACAACACUCGCGGUUUUUGAAGUUGCCUCAAAGGAUGCGGACUUUUUUACUUCACUGCGUGUUUUUGUGGGCGACGUCGAGGCGCAGCAGCAGCGCGCAGGUUUCUGUACCUGCUGCUGCUGCCACAGUGUUGACGUGCUGUGAAGGGGACAUUGUCCUCCUGCUGGACUCUUCAGGAAGUUUAGCAAACUACGAGUUCUCGCGCCUGCUGCGUUUCACGGCCGAGCUGCUCCGCCCCUUCUCUCUCGGCCGCGGUCAUGUGAGAGUCUCACUGCUGCAGGUGGGCACCAGCCCCAAACUGGAGUUUGGCCUGCACGUCCACAAUGAUCAGGAAAGUCUGCAGAAAGCCGUGCGGCGGGUCCGACACCUGCAGGGAGAUACCAACACUGUGGCGGCGCUCAGGGUGGCUCGGCAGCUCCUGACAGAGGCAGAGGAGGACGUGCCGAAGGUGUUGUUGUGGCUGACGGACGGCGUGCAGCCUGGAGACGUGGACGGGCCCAUAAAGGAGCUGAAGGCACGAGGAGUGUCUGUGCUAAUCGUGUCCACGGUUCAUGGCAACUACCAGGUGUUACAGCGCGCAGUGACUCCUCCUCUGGAGUCCCACCUCUACGCCGUGGACAUUGAUGACGUUGACAUCAUCACAGAAGAUCUGAGGAAUGCCAUCAUCAAGAUUAUUCGUGCAGAGCGACUGGAUGUGGUCCACUUGACUUCCCACAGUGCUGUGCUGCAGUGGCGCCCUAUUCUGAGAACAGAUAGCGGUUAUUAUGAGCUCCAGUAUAACUCCAUGUCAACAACAGACCCUGAGAGCAGACGCACCCUCUCUGGUGACUCCAGCUCUGUGGAGCUGAUUAACCUCCAGCCUGAUACCACGUACACAGCAUCUCUCCGUCCGGAGUCCAAUCAGAGGCUGUUUAACACACUCUCUGUUACUUUCAUCACACUUCCUGGUGUUUUAAGCCCAGCGGUGGUCGUCGUGUCAGACUCCGGGCCUCAUCAGAUCCAUGUAAGCUGGGGUCCCUUGCAGCUGACUCGGGUCCGGAGAUACACGGUGGAGUACGGAGUUAUUCCAAGUGGAGAUGUCCGGAAAGUGUCGUUCCACGGCCGGGUAAACUCUACCUUACUCACUGGCCUGAAGCGAGGCUCUCAAUACCUGGUCACUGUCAGCGCUCUGCACGUGGACGGAAAAGAAGUGGCCAUGUCAGUGAAGGCGUGCACUCAGGACGGCACUGAAGAGGCUCUGCCUGCACUGGCCGACCUCCAGCUCGCCCGACUGGAGCGUCAGGAGGUGCAGGUGGCGUGGAAGGCCCAUCGAGAUGGAGUGAAAGGCUACUGGCUCAACUGGGAGAAAGGAAACUCCCCAAAAACCGCCUCAAAAUCCUCCUUCUUCCUGUCUCCUACGUCUCACUCAAUGCGGCUCUCACACUUUGGCCAGAGCGGCCGAGUGUGUGUGUCUCCAGUGUACAGCUCGGGACGAGGUGACGGAUUCUGCUGCACAGCAAACAGUCACACAGAUUCCGGCCACUGGGGUAAACAGUGAGAGAGUCUGCAGAAUAACGGACGGAUGAAAUCGUGCUGGAUGCAUCAGAAGUGUUAUUUAUUCAGUGUAGUUUAGUUUUUAUGUAGAAAUAAAUUAUUAUGUCGGAAAAAGCUUUAUCGCUUCACUCCAGCUCUCUGUCCUUACAAUGCAAAACACAUUUACUUCUUUUUUUCCUCAUGCAAGUGAAAAUAUCACGUUGCUGUUAUUAUAUAUGUACUAAAUGUGUUUUAAAGCAAAUAAAAUGAGUUGAAU